UUCUCUUUGCUUAGCGUUCACCUGCUCUUGGUUUAGAGUGAGAGGACCCUUCUUGACGGUCUUCAAGGACUGCGGCUCUUGACUGCAAUGAAGCCAAGUUUUGCCCUCCUGUUGGCAGCUCUGGCCAGCUACCUGCUUCCUGCAAGGGGCUGUGUCAUGUGUAGCCCCUUGGUCAGGACGGCACUAAGAUCCUUGAAAGAAGAUUACCUGCCUGACCACCUGGAUGUCCAGCAUCACAAAAAUGUGAUGGAAAGGGUGGAACAGGCCAUGCACGAUUUCAAGAACUUGCCACUUGAGGAGGAUUCCUUUAUGGGGGCCAUUGAUGAGACCACACUGAACAAGGCAUCCUGGAGUUUGAUAAAGGAUCUAAAACGCAUCACUGACAGUGAUGUAAAAGGUGAGCUCUUUAUGAAGGAACUAUUCUGGAUGUUGCGCCUGCAAAAGGAAACCUUUGCCACCUAUGCUGCUCAAUUCCAAAAAGAGGCUUAUUGUCCCAACAAAUGUGGUACGAUGUUUCAGACUCUGAUCUGGUGCAGCACCUGCCAAAAGGAGAUUCAUGCUUGUCGGAAGUCUCCCGAUUGCGGGGAGCGCACAGUGGAGGUCCAUCAAACGGAAGACAUGAUCCUGGACUGUGAAUUGAACUGGCAUCGCACCUCAGAAGGCCUCUCCUAUUACAAAUUUUACAGGGUUUGGGGAAACAAUACUGAGACCAUGGUGUCUAUGAGGACAGCGCCCACCCUGACCAAGCCCAUGGUGGGUCCAGAGGAUGCAGGCCGUUACCGCUGCGAGCUGGGCUCUGUGAAUUCCAGCCCAGCCACCAUCAUCUAUUUUAAUGUCACAGUGUUGCCCAAACGGGGCGAGGAGGAGAAACCGUCAUCAAACACUGUAACCCAGGGCAAGGGGAACUCAGAGUCGUCUCAAAAGCCCGACAACGUGCUGAAAGGGCGCCUUGUAGGGCUGCUGUUCUGGGCCUCGCUAGUACUCUUAGUCAGCGUCCUCCUCGCCAUAUUGUGUCGAAAGAAGCUGGUAGGUUUCAAAAAGUCGUCAGUGGUCAGCCUCGGCAGUGGAGCUGCUGAACACCCCCGGGUUCCAAAGGAAAAGGCCAAAAACCGAAGGAGCCAAUAA